AAAGCGCGUUGUUAAAAAAUCAAUUUCAGUUGCUGAGGUGUUUUUACAGGUGAAUAGAGUUGAGCAGGUUACGUCUUUCAAGUGAAAUCAAUAAAUACAGAAUAUCAAAGAUGAGCCACGAUCAACAGUACCCUGUGGUCAAUCAACCUCAAGCUUAUGGCGCUUAUGGUGCACCGACCUCGCCCAGUCCGCAACAACAUCUAAUGGGACCACCUCAACAUGUUGGGGGAGACCAGCAAUGGAUGCCAAAGCCAAAUGGAGGAAAUUGUCCUCCGGGUCUUGAAUAUUUGACUCAAGUCGAUCAAAUCCUUGUACAUCAAAUGGUGGAGAUCUUAGAAAUGUUUACUGGUUUCGAAACCAAUAACAAAUACGUCGUCAAGAAUUCAGUCGGUCAGAAGAUCUUUUUCGCUGCCGAAGAUAGCGGUUGUUGCGAGCGAUAUUGGUGCAACAACCUCCGUUCUUUUGAAAUGAACAUCCUUGACAAUUUUGGCAACGAGGUUAUCCACAUUCAUCGUCCACUGGCCUGCCAAAGUUGCCUCUACCCGUGUUGCUUGCAAAAAAUUGAAGUUUCGGCGCCUCCGGGUAACGUGAUUGGCACCAUUGAGCAAGAAUGGUCCAUUUUCCCGAGGUUUAAGGUUAAAGACGUUUCCGGUAACGUUGUCCUCAAGAUAGAGGGGCCUUUCUUCCCAUGCAGUUGCUGUGGCACUGAUGUCAAUUUCGAGAUAUUUUCAAGUGACGGAGAGCAAAAAGUUGGAAAAAUUUCGAAACAAUGGGCCGGAAUGUUAAGAGAAAUGGUCACGGACGCUGACGUCUUUGGUAUCAACUUCCCGAUGGAUUUAGACGUAAAGAUGAAAGCCGUUUUGUUAAGCGCUUGUUUCCUUAUCGAUUUCAUGUUCUUUGAGGACAAGCAAAACAGCCGCAAUCAAAACUGAGUGCUCAUUAUUACUAUACCUCUUUACAAACAAAAACAAGGACAUUGAAUUACUUUGUUAAGAGAGAAAUACAGCCAACCGUAAUACAAAUCUAGUUUUUGAAAUAACACUUAACCUAGAAAAUCAUGCUCUGCAUUGUGGACAUUUUAAAUGGUUCCGUACACCAAGUUAUCGAUGCUACAAAUGUUGGUCAGCUAAGGCUUUAAUAUAUUUCCGUUUGAACAAUCAA